AUGCCAGGCUCCUCUCUAGUCCCCCCCUCCCCAUCAGUCUCUCCCGACCCUACUCCCACCGCUGGCCUCGGCACCACUCCUUCCUCCCCUUCUUCCCCCUUGUCCCCACCCCCUUCCUUCCAUUCCUCCCCGUUAACCCCAUUCUCUCCAACGACUCCCUCCUCCUUCUCCACCGUCCCCCCCUCCGCGUCACCUUCACCAGCCAGCGACCCCUCUGCCCCACCACCACUUGCAACCAUGAAUGUCACCACUCCAGAAUCAGCGGAACCCCCCCUGACCCCCGUUAAAUCAAAACCAACCGCACACCAGGACUUCCCCAGCCGCGUAUCUGAAGUACCGUCGUCCCAGCUAUCCGACCUCUAUGCCCGCCUCGCGCCUGGACUAAUCUCACCUCUACGUUUACCCCCCCACCUAGAGCUUGCACUCAAAGCGCUUCCACCUCUAUCUCCCCCUUCUCAAUCUCAGACCUCCACAAAAACCCCAAACCCCUGUGCGCUGCCUACCGUUCCUGAGGACCCCGUAUCUUCUAGGGGAAAUAGCCCCGAAACCCCCACGAGGUUGAACAUUCCUAUCCUAGCCCUGGAUCCCCCGCCAGACUGGUCGGAACCAUGGGACUCCAAGAAGGGUAAAAUGGAGAUCAAGUGGCUACUGGAACAUCCUGGAUGUGGCCCUGAAGAAGUGGAUGAUGGCGAGGAGCAGGGUACAGGUGAAGAGUGCUCCUUGGCUAAUAGUAGGAUGAUUAGAGCGAUAGGACGUGCAUUGGAGAUCAAUCUCGCGCGUUUGGAUGAGCUGGAAAGCACAUUGAAUCUCAUGCACGAGUAUACAAGUACGCUCGAGGGCAAGAUCACCGAAGCUCGGGUGGAGCGUGUCAGUAUGAAAAUGGUUUUGAAGGAUUUGAAAGGCCAUGAUGCGGACCAGAUGGAUUCGGAGAGUGACAAGGAAGAGAGUGGGGAUUGUCGAGGUGCCAGCGCCGGGGGGGAGCGGAUAGUUGCUAAGAGAAAGGUAGGAGAGGUGUUAAUUUCGAGUGGUGGAGAACGACAUAAGGCUGGCUGCUUUGAGAGCGACUCGGGGGUGUCUUCGGCGGUACCCAUAAAUGUCGAACCUGACGAUGCGCAUAUACCGCCCGAUGAAGACAUGAAGGACCGUGGACUUCUCGAUGGAAGCAGUGAAAUCAAAGCCGAACACCAAAGCGAGGAGGACAUAAUAAUGGGAGGCGCAGCAGUCAAAACAGUGAAUCAAGGGGCCAGCGAAUUUGUUGACGGCAAUGUCGACGGGAAAGAAGCGUCCCAGCCCCAACCUACCAAACAGAAGCGCUCUAAGAAGACAAAACACAACCCACGGAACCGGGGCGGAGAGUCCUCCAAGGCCAGCGGCGCGGCCGCUGCGCUUCUGGCAGAAAAGGUAGCGCGAGUGCGUGAUAGGUGGGCUUAUGAGGCCGGUGUGGAGCACUCCACAUUUUCAUCGAUGAGGAGGGAUGGGGCAGCGGAGUAG